AUGGGUUCAAUUUUAGAGCCACCAGCACAAUUGGCCGAAGCAUGGGACCUUACCCAACAAGCACCGACAAAGAACAUAAGCUCUCUUCUUUGCGAGGUGGCUGAAAAGUUCCCAGACCAGACCGCAUUGGUGUGUCUUCAACAAGCUGCAUCGAAGUCUGGAACCUCUCCGCUCUCCUGGACUUUCGAUCAAUUGAACAAAGAAAGUCUCAGGCUUGCGAGCCAUCUUUCGUCAAGGGGAGUCAAGCCCGGCGACUAUGUUGUGGUGAUUCUCCACAACGAAUUCGAAUGGGCGCUAUUGUUCUGGGCCACGGCCCAUUUACGCUGCCAGCUCGUUGCUCUGGAUUCUCGUGCUUUUGCCUCUAAAGAAGAUGCCCGUUAUCUCCUUGCGAAGACACCAGCAAGUGUUAUUGUUACUUCCAACGCAACGCUCGCAUCCAUCGCCGAAGAAGCUCUUUCAUAUCAUGCUUUGAAACCAGUCGUUCGCUGCAUCGCCGGUCGACCCGAUCAUGCAACCCUUAUCUCUGGGUGGGAGGUGCUGGAUGAUAUGAUGCAGUCAGCUACGAAUGACUUUCUCCCCGAUCCUUUAGGAAACCCAGAGGAAUCAGCUAUCGUCUUCUUCACAAGUGGCACAACCGGUUCCCCAAAGGCAUGCCCGCAAACCUCUGUGAAUAUUGUCUCGGCUGGUCUUGGUUUCGCGAAGAGACUAAAGUUAAAUUCGAGCCACACUGUUUGUCAACAUUUACCCAGCUUUCACGUCUUCAGCAUGGGCGUGACACUCGGGGCUUGGUUGGUUGGUGGGAGUAUCUUGUUCCCAAGCCCAACCUUUGAUCCAACCAGCAGCAUAUUGGCUAUUGAACAGGCAGAGAAUGUGAUUCUCCCUUGUGUGCCGUUGAUGCUCAAAGCUAUUGUAAAUGUCAAACACACUUCAAACCAAUUCAACUCCCUUGACUCUGUUAUCCUAGGUGGUGCACCAAUUUUCCCAGAGGCUUUGAAGAUGAGCAACUCGCUGGGAGCCCGAAGGAUCGUUGCAGGAUUUGGAAUGACAGAAGGUGUCAUCACACUAAUUAAUGAUAUGGAAGCGAGUCAGGCACGACCAUCGGCUCGUGGUGAAGUUUCCAUUGGGACUGUUGCCUCAGGCUCUUGUGUUCGUAUUUGUGAACCGGGUACUCGCCGGGUACUGCAACGCGGAGAAAUUGGCGAGCUUCACCAGGGUGGACUGCCAGUGUUCAGUGGCUAUCUCGGUCUUCAGGAUGACUCGGCAUAUCACGAAGACGGAGUCAAUUUCUUAGCCACUGGCGACCAAGCGUACAUGGAUGACCUAGGUAGCAUCUAUAUUAUGGGCAGGUAUAAGGACAUCAUCAUUCGCGGUGGGGAGAACAUUUCACCUGCCAAGAUCGAGAAUUGGUUGCAAGAAAAGAAAGGAAUUUUGGUUCAAGUGAUCGGAGUGCCUGACGAUCUGGCCGGAGAGGUCCCCAUUGCUAUUGUCCAAAAUUUGAAAGCAGCCAAUACUUCACUUGAAGAGCUACACACGGCAAUUGUUUCGGAGCUAGGUGCUGGCUUUGCCCCAUCUAUGCUUUUGGAUCUCGAGGGCGACCUUGGACAAGAAAGAUUCCCGGCCACAGCUUCAGGGAAGAUUCAAAAAUCGAUAAUUCGGCAAUGGGCUUUGGAUUAUAUGAGAAAUUUGAAGCCUGCUGAACUGAGCACCGGGCAUGAUAACAUCGAGUCUCAAUUGGCGGUAUUCUGGGCCACUCUUUCUGGUCGCAGGGCAGCCUCUAUCCAACAUGACGUGUCUGUCCAUACUUUCGCUGAUAGCAUGAUGCUUAUUCAAUUUUGCUCCCUAGUGUCCGAGAAACUGCGAAAAAAGAUCACUGUGAGAGAGAUCUUUGACAGAAACACAAUCAGCUGUCAGGCAGAACUUCUUAGAGAAAGGCCGGAGAUCAGAAAUACCCCCACCACUCAAAGCACAUAUUCCAAAACAGCCCGAUUCCCGAUCUUGGAAUCUUCUCAAAUCGGUCAAUCUCGGCUGUCAUCUAUCGAAGCGCAAAGUUCAGCGCAAUUGGCUGAUAUGGGCAUGAAGUGGAAAGAUGUCGAAGAUGUUCUUCCCAUGACUGAUUCUAUGACAUGGAUGGCUCGUGGAGCCCGGCCAAAUGCCUGGAAUCACCGACACUCUGUCGUCGUCAAGUCAAUGACUGGAGCUGAGUUGCGGCCCAUACUACGACAAUGGCUUGCACGCCAUCCUCUCCUCCGCUCGACGGUCGCGUCUGACGGAUCUGAAGUCGACUUCCACGUGGUUAUGGCUGCCACAGAGACAUGGUUCCAAAAUCAAAUUCUUGAUGGAGAGAUGAUGGACUGUGCCGAGGAUCUAAUGACCCACAAACUAAAUGAUCGCGAAUGGGAUUUUGUUUCCCCCAAAGGACCCAUGGCCAAAGCCACUAUUUUCCCGAUCAAAGAUUCUUCGGAUAUUGGCGUGGUAUUUCAUUUCCACCAUGGCAUUUUUGACGGGCUGAUUCUCAACCGAUGGUAUCUCGAUUUGGAAUAUCUCUUGGAUGGGCAAGUACCGCCUAUCAACUUCUGCCCUUACCGAGACUUUUCAGGUGCAUUUUAUCUCAAUCGAGAUAGUGCAUUUGCGCAGGAGGCUGUUGACUUUCACGUCCGGCGCUUGCGGGGUCUGAGCUCUAGCAAGGAAAAGAUAUGGCCUGUUCAAAUAGCCCCAAGAUGGCUCAAGGGUAAUGACUGGGACUGGAAGCAUGUCACAGGUGAGAUGGGAGCGCCUGGAGAGCGAGUCAUACUCGACGGCGACAAGGCAAUCGGUACUAUGGGAAUGGCUCGAACGAUCCCUGUGCCGAACAUGCGGAAGCUGCGAGAGGAAUUCUCCAUUGCACCCCCAAUUAUCGCCAAAGCCGCGUGUGCUCUCUUCAACUUACAUACCAUGGGCUGUGACGAAGCUGUCUUUGUCAGUGUUGAAUCCGGUCGCUCGUGGCCAUUCACAGAGAACGAAAGCGACAGCACCAGCUCCAAUCCGCUGACCAUCGACGGUCCCACCAUGAAUGAAACUAUUAAUCGCAUCCGGAUCGCCCCUGGAGAGACUGUGCACCAGUUCCUGAAUCGCCUUCAGGAGGAUCAACUCUUGAUUGACAUGUAUUCACACGCCCCGGUGGCAUCCAUCCUUGAUCGCCUUGUCACAUCAGACGUCAUCUUAGAAGGCGCCGGUAAAGGUCAGCUUAGUGAUGGCCAGGCAGAUGCUCAGACGGCGUUGAAUACAUAUCCACGCCAGCUCUUUGAUUGGCUUCCAGCUGUUCGACCAGUUGAACAAGAGCACGCUAUUGCAAACAAAAUGCGACGUCUCGAAGUCCUCAGUCGUACUGACCUUGGAGUUGUCUGGUUUCCCUCUUUGAUUGACGACAAUGUUUUAUAUCUUGACGUCUCCUGGGAUGAUGCACAGCUCCGGUCUAGUGAGAUGUAUAAAGCGAUGUCGGAUUUCAUGUACGCGAUAGCGUGGUUUUCAGAGCCAUCUAAUCUUAACCGCCCCGUUAUGGAGUGUGAGUUUGAGAUACCUGGAUGCGAGAUCACUGACCUUGAACCGUGGGGGAUUCGUCGUCGAUAA